AUGGACAGUCGCCGCCUGCUGACAGGGAGGUCGCUCUGCACAACCUCUGACGGCGUCUCCCGGCUCAGCGCACAGGAGCAGAGCUGCUCGUGCCUGCCCCAAGACGGCCAGCCGGGGGCACCGCCACAGCAGAUGCGACCAGGCCUGGCGUUGUCCCCGCUGGGGCUGUGGCCCCUGCUCCUGGCCUGCUGGACCCUCCCUCCUGGCCUGGCUGGGGUGGACUCCCUGAGUCUCCUGGGGGGUGGAAACCGCUGCGAGGGCCUCCUGCAGGUGCAGCACCUGGGCCAGCAGGGCCCUGUGUGCGGGGACCGCUGGGGCAUGGGAGAGGCGUCGGUGACCUGCAGACAGCUCGACUGUGGCCCUGCACGAGCAUCCUCCAAGUACGUUCUCCGGCCCCAUGAGAUGGGGCUGACCUGGCUGCACAGUGCCCAGUGCCAGGGUGAGGAGGCUGCACUCGGGGAGUGCUCCCUGGGUGCCUGGGAGCCGCCGAGCCGCUGUGAGUGCCAGUGCGUGGUGGUGAUAACGUGCUCAGAUGGUACCUUUCAGCAAGUCCAGCUGGGCAAGGGUGGCAGCCCCUGUGCCGGGAUCCCCGAGGUGGUGAACCCGGCUGGCAAUGUCCUGAGGUGUGACUUGCACAAGGAAGAGGCCAGCGUCUUCUGCAGACAGCUGGGGUGUGGCUCCGCUUUGCAGUGGUCUAGAGCCCACCGCAGAGAGGGCCCUGGGGACCAGGGGCGGAAGUUUGUGACCUGCGAGGGAACAGAGUCCAGCAUCUUCAACUGCAAGGUCAACCUAAACUUUCUAGACCAGUGUGACUUCCCGACGUACACCCAGGUGGUGUGUUCAGGACACACGGAGGCCCGGCUGGUGGGCGGCGAGCACCCCUGCGCCGGGCGCCUGGAGGUGAGGCGGGGCCUGACCUGGGGCACCGUCUGCGACGAAGACCUGGACCUGGCCACGGCUCAAGUGGCGUGUCGCGAGCUGCGGUGCGGAGCGGCCGUGUCCACGCCCGGGGGCGCCCGCUUCGGCCGCGGCUCCGGGCCCGUGUGGACCGAGGCCUUCCGUUGUGCGGGCAACGAGUCGCUGCUGUUCCACUGCCCGCGGGGGCCCGGGCGCCAGUGCGGGCACAGCCGGGACGCGGGGCUCGUGUGCUCGGGGGAAAGGUUCCGGCUGGUGAACGGCAGCAGCAGCUGUGAGGGCCGCGUGGAGCUCCAGGUGGAGGGGGCCUGGGCGCCCAUCUGCGCUGCCCACUGGGACUUGGCAGAUGCCACCGUCCUCUGCCACCAGCUCAACUGUGGCAAUGCUAUGGCCACACCGCGAGGAGGCCAUUUUGGGGAGGAGGAUGCUCCCAUCUGGCCCGACGUAUUUCACUGUGUGGGGACGGAGUCUCAUUUGCUCAGCUGCCCAGCAAGCACCCUGGGGGCCCCGGCCUGUGCCCCAGGAAACUCGGCCUCCGCAGUGUGCUCAGGUCUCCCCCACGCCCUGAGGCUGAGGGACGGACAGAGCCGCUGUGAUGGGCGCGUGGAAGUCUCCCUGGACGGCGCGUGGGGCCGCGUCCUGGACGAUGCCUGGGGCCUGCGCGGCGCCGGCGUCGUGUGCCGGCAGCUCGGGUGCGGAGCGGCAGAGCGAGCCUACGACGCCCCCGCCCCCGGCCGCGGGGCCGUCCCGGUGGGGCUGAGCCGCGCGCGCUGUCUGGGCAACGAGACCCGCCUGAGCCAGUGCAACGUGUCCACGUCCCUGCGGGAGCCCGCGGGGAUGUCGCGGGACGCGGGCGUCGUGUGUUCCGGUGAGUGUGCAACCCUGUGCCCCCCCACCCCCGCGCCCGCGUGGGCCGGGGCGCCCUGACUGGGUCUCUCCGCAGGGAGCCUCCGGGUGCGCCUCGCCGCGGGGCCAGGCCGCUGUGCCGGGCGCGUGGAGGUGCUCCGCGGGGGAGUGUGGGGCACCGUAUGUGACGACUCUUGGGACCUGCGGGACGCACACGUGGUCUGCAGGCAGCUGGGCUGCGGUCACGCCCUCAGCGCCCCGGGGGCCGCCCACUUUGGGGCCGGCACGGGGCGCAUCUGGCUGGACGAGCUGGGCUGCGGGGGCCACGAGUCUGCGCUGUGGCAGUGCCCGUCGGAGGGCUGGGGCCAGCACGACUGCGGGCACAAGGAGGACGCUGGGGUCUUCUGCUCAGAGUUCACGGACCUGCGGCUGCAGAACCACAGCGGGCCAUGCGCAGGGCGGCUGGAAGUUUUCUACAACGGCACCUGGGGCGGGGUCUGCAAGACCCUGAAUACAGCCUCCCUCGGGGCCCUGUGUGGGCAGCUGGCUGUGGGACCCACGGCCAGCUGCUGGCUGGGGCAGGGAGCUGGCCUGUCCCCGACGCUCUCUGGGUGGCCUCCAUUGAGUGCAGGGACAGGCAUGACUGGUCCCUGUGGCAGUGCCCGUCAGCCCCCUGGGACCCUCAGUCCUGCUCCAGUGCUGAGGGAGCCUGGGUCCUGUGUGCAGACAGAAGUGCCCCCGGACCUCGGAGAGACCCUGAACUGCUCAUCCGCCCUCAGCUGCCCAGAGGAGGGUGCGCUGCGCGUGCUUGGGGGCGCGGACCGGUGCUCUGGGCGCGUGGAGCUCUGGCACCGCGGCUCCUGGGGCACCGUGUGCGACGAUUCCUGGGACCUGGCGGACGCGGAGGUCGUGUGCCGGCAGCUGGGCUGUGGUCAGGCCGUGGACGCCCUGGGCGGGGCCGCCUUUGGCCCCGGCUCAGGGCCCGUGUGGCUGGACGAGGUGGGGUGCCGGGGCAGCGAGGCGUUCCUGCGGGACUGCCGGGCCCAGCCGUGGGGACGCGGAGACUGUGCGCACAAGGAGGACGCGGGCGUGCGCUGCUCCGGCGAUCCUGGGACCACAGAGCUGCCGCCAAGGGCCCCUUCCUUGGCCCCUGCACCUGCCCCCAAGGCCUGGACCCUGCCUGAAACUACCUGCCUCAUCCUUGGUUCCCUCCUGGGCCUGGUGACCCUGUUCCUGGGGACUCAGUGGUGCCGCCGCAGAGCAGCCUGCCGGGGUUGUAGAAUGUUGCGGCACCCAUCCUCGGAGGGUGUCUAUGAGGACAUUGGAGCCGUCCCCCUGGGGGAGAAGGAUGAGGGGCCUGCAGUGAGCGAGGACCUGGUCCUGGCGGAGGAGUAUGACGACGCGGAAGAGCCGGAGGACGGCCCGGGGGAGGAGGCGGAGGCGGCGGGGGCACCGCUGAGCCCCGCGGGUGGGGCUCCUGGAAACCCCGGCCCCGGAGCCCAGGCUGGGAUGGAAGACCACGGUGGUCUCUGCCCCAGGACGUGAUAACCCCGAGCUGACCAUGGGAACAUCAGUGUGCGGGGAGAUAUACCGGGGAGGCUGGGGUCUUCGCUGUCCUUGUCCUUAAAACAGCUGUUAUUAAACUCCCUUU